AUGGACUCACACGAGCUGAUCGACGCCCAGUUCGACCGAGCCGUCGAAAUCAUUCAGAGCUUGCCUAAGACAGGCCCGAUACAAACGGGGUAUGAGGAGAAGUUGACAAUGUACAGGUUCGUCGCGACUGUUGGUAACGUCCAGGGGGCACGGCCACCAAUAUGGGAAAUGCUAGAUAGGGCAAAGUGGGAUGCAUGGGCGAAACACAAAGAUGUUGAGUCAUACGAGGCGAAAUGGCUUUAUGUAGAUGCAUUGCUGAAGGUUCUGCGCAAGUACUCUGACAAGACGGUGGCAAGGGAUUUGGUCCAGGAGCUGGAGUCUUUUGCUGGUGAUCCGUCGAAUAUCAUGAUGAGCCGCUCGCUCUCCCACUCCCGAAAUUCGGACUCCUCGGGAUCUGACGACGCGCCUGUGCAACGAGGCUUAGGGCGCUCUUCUGCUCAUAUCCAACCACCACAACCUGAGGCAGCCAUGUCAGCGUCCGCUCAACAACUAGCACAUCGUUCAGCACACGUCGAAGAAUCAACCUCUGAGGAAGGGUCGUCCGACGAAGAAGAAGCGCCACCGCCAUUACCACGCGAUCAACAAAGUCAUGCUAACAGACCCCAAUCCUCAUUGUCCUCUCACCGAUAUCGCACACCCAUGGCCGGCUCACUCAUGAUGUCGGCAUUUCCAGAACCUCGUAUUCCUUCCCCCCAGCCCCAUCCAGGCUUCGAAAUACCAUCCGCAUUCGCCGAUCCAUCUUCCGCUUCUUUGACCUCAGCAUCACCACCGCAAUACCCAUAUGUCCCUCGAAUGUACCAUAACAUGCCACCACCUUCACGAGAAAUGAUGCCUUCAGAGCAAACCCAUCCAUAUCCUGGCUCAAGAUCGGCAUCAACUCCUUUUGGGACACGACAACACCCGUUCCCCUCCCAUAUUCCCUCACGUCCUGCAUCCUCGCGGCCUGUCAUCGAACGUGCCAUCGAGAACGUACAAGCCCACCUCGCGGCCUUGACCGAACGCCUCGAGGUCCUUGAGUCCCAAGGCUCACACGUAUGGGGUAUACACCCAUCCUCCUCAAACCUUGCUCGUCCAUCCGUUUCACCCACUUGGCCUGCAGGUCGACGUAGCCCUUACGACGCACCACGAGAUGCACUUGUUUGGAAUUUGGAUGAUAUGGGUCUGUGGACCUACCUCAUCCGAGCAUUGUCGCGGUUUCAGUCCCUCCUACGAUACUUAGGCUCCUUCCUCGCACACUCGGAUAGACGGAGCCCGGCGAUGAUCAUCCUACGAAGGUUGUUCUUGGAUGUCUCCUUUGUCUUGUUUGUCUUGUGGGUGGUGAGGGUCGGGUGGCGCAGAAGUGGCGUCAGACGGAGAGAAGUGUUGGUGGCGUUGACGGGUCUGGGGCGAGCGCUGAUAGGGGCUAGUUCUGCAGGGAUUAGUGGGAGGGGCGGAAGAGGGAGACAGAUGGUAGACAGGGGCAUUUAGGCUGAUAUUCGGCGAGGUCGUCGUGUUUGCGUGUAUGGACUUUCGGGAGAUGGUCGCGUGGUGG